AAAAAGGCUCGAGGGCCGAGCGACUGACGUGCAUUUGUUUACAUCCGCACCGCUGUUUGUUUACACUCGCCCGCUGUGCUUAACGUCCAACACGCCCCUUCCUCUUCACUCCCUCAGGAGAGGUGUUCAGGGCCGCCCGCCGCCUGCUGUCCAUCCCUCUUAUUUCACCUUUUCAGACUUACUGAGGAGGAAGAUUUACGAGAGGAGAGAAAGGUGACCAGCAGAGUAGUUUAGCGAGAUGGGUCUCCACAGCAUCCUCAAGAAGCUGAAGCAGAAGGAGCAUGAAGUCCGCCUGCUCAUGCUCGGCCUGGACAACGCUGGCAAGACAACAGUGGUGAAGCGCUUCUGUGGCGAGGACAUCAGCACCAUCUCUCCCACAUACGGCUUCAACAUCAAGACCGUGGAGCACGCCGUUGAUAAAUACGAGUAUAAGCUCAACAUCUGGGACGUGGGGGGUCAGUGCUCCCUUCGCUCCUACUGGCGGAACUACUUUGAGUGCACCGACGGCCUCAUCUGGGUGGUGGACAGUGCUGACGUGGACCGCAUGAGGGACUGUCAAGGGGAACUCAGAAAACUAUUGGAAGAAGAGAGGCUGGCUGGAGCAACUCUUCUGGUGUUUGCCAACAAGCAGGAUCUUCCAGAAGCAUUGUCUGCAGAGCAAAUUAGAGAUAUUCUGGACCUGAACAGCCUCAAGACCCACCACUGGUACAUCCUGCCCUGCAGCGCCGUCACCGGGGAGAACCUAGUGGCCGGGAUUGACUGGCUCGUGCGGGACAUCGCUGCCAGAAUAUUCACCCUUGAAUAACUGUGUUCUCCUUAUAUGUACUAGAUUCUCUUCAUGGGUGCUAGUUGGCUGAAAAGGCUGGUUACAAAUACCAGCUUUUGAAUAACUAAAAAUAUGCUUUAGGGAGUUAUGUAAUGGCUUUAAUGUAUGAUUUAAACUGGUUACCACCAUAUUUGUCGUCAUCAUUAUAAUCAUUCAUCAUCAUUGCCAUCUUUACUCAUCAUCAGUCAGUUAGUGGGAGCAUAUGCCGAAGGGUGUGUUGCCUCCUCCACCUUACAAUGUCAUUCCCGGAGUUCCUCCAAACUAGUCUCCAUGCUUUCCCACACCAAGCACCCCCCAGCAGGAUCCAUCAACUUGCUCUUGCCACAAGCUUUGUGGCCUCUUCCACUCAGGGUUGUCUCUUUGAGAUACACCCCCGUGAGCAAGGUCAACUUCUGGGUGUUGUGCCACAUGCCCACAUAGGUGAAGUUGGCGUUGAUGGACUAUGCAGGUAAUAGGCCUCAAUUCAGUCCCAUGGAGUAAUUACUGAUAUGACAAAGUAAUUCCAGGAAUACCUCAUGAUCCUGCAGACACUUAUUACCACAGGUGCCAGUUUGCUCUUCAAGUCACUAUUUAGUGUCUAUGUCUCACAACCAUACAUCAUUACCAAAAACAAGUGUUGAAUAGUGAUGGUACAAGGACCUCAGUCCUGUGUUCACAAGAAUCCCAGAGAGUCACCGGGGAUCUCAGUGACUCAUGCCACACCAUCAUCAUCAUUGGCCUUUUUGCUGCAUGGCAAGGAAUGGUUGCCUUGAGGAACAAUAGACAGUUAUGGUUGUGGCAGGAAAGGCUGUCCAAUGAAGUGCACCGUACUACCAUUCUCUCACUGUUCGUGUGUCUUGUUGGAAUGUUUGUGUGCUGUCACGCCAAAUCUUAUCAUUGUAAUGGCCACAAGAUUUCCUCUGACUCUGUACAACAUUUCAAAAUCCAUUUUUGUAUCGAGUUGGUCUGCACAAUAUAAUAUGCAGAACAAAUAUAUGUUAAGCCUGUGACACAUUUAACAGUGUGAUGAUGUUAAAAAAACAGGUUGCAACAAGUAGGUCAGAGACCUUGUUGUUUCCUCCAUAAUUGUAUCACAACUUAAUUUUUUUUUUAAGAAUAUUUAAGGGUGGGAAUCAUAGAUACUUCAUUCACAAGUAUAAUGGAAGUUACAUGUUUUCACCCAUGUCAGAUUGCAAUAAAGCUUUGCAGCACAACCAUUCCAAGGUGAUGCACAAAAGCUUGGCCUCAAAUUAAAGUACAUACCUACUGAUCUCUCAUCAGUGAGCUGUAAUAACAAUGUGAGCAGAUGCCUAUAAAUACUCAUCACUAAGUGUAGUGUCCACUACCAUUCUUACCUCCAGUACACUCCUCAUUUUUGAGAACUCUGAGAACUCUUGUAGUGACUCGCCCAGUGCAGCAAGCCACCAAGACCCCACUUGUCCGGGGAUUACUUCAUUGGUCAGAUGGUUAGAGAGGUGGCUGGAGCCCUUGCUAACCUGGUGGCAUGCUGUUCAUUUUGUGCAAGUAGUAGCCAUAUUUUGCAAUACUAAAUUUGUGGGUUGGUUGUGUACAUCUUAAAAAAGUGUUGCAUUACUCCUGCAUCUUAUAAAACAAAGGUUCACUUCACAGGUAGGGGAGGUGGUGUCAUGCAGCCUUGGCCUAGUGCAAUUUUUUUGUCAUUCUAGACAGCCUGCUUCUGAGGUACUACCGGACAUCAAAUUAAAAUCAAACAUCAAAUAGAGUAAUAUUGCAGCUGUGUAGUAUUGUUUGAAAAGGACACGGUCAGGGCAGCAAAGAUGUUGCUGGCUCUGAGGCUCUUCUCAGUGCUUUUCUUUGGGGGAAAAAACAUUAAAUAUCAAAUAUAGGUAGUUUAUGUAUUUUCUUUGUAUCUGAUAGUUUGAAAUUAUAUGAUAAAGUUAAAUGGUCAUAUCCAAUCAAUGUAAUAAGGGUUCAUAAGAUAAUCCCUCCAAGUUCUGAGUCAUCUAUUCACUAUUCAUGCUACUGCAGCAAAUAAUUGCAAAAUCACUAGCCACCCUGGACUUUUUCAACAUUGUUCUAUUAAUACAGGCAUUGACUGUGUAGCUUUUCUUUACAUGCGCAAUCUUUUGGUGUCUUUAGGCAUGCACCUGGUGGUUGUGUUGAUUAGAUGGAAGUGUAUGGCAAAGGAACCGAAAAAUCUUUGUCUGAUUCAAGUGAAGCAAUCUGUGAAAUUAUAUUUGCCAUGGGAAAUACUAGGAUGAGAUUUGGUCAUUGCUGGCACUGCCCUCUGUAUGAUGUGAGAGGCAGGUCAUAAUAUCAGAGUUACGUUGCGAAGGACUGAAAUCUGUGGAGUCUGGGAGAUAACAGAUAUUCUUUGGCCAGCCACUCCAGACUGGCUGGUGGGUUCAUCGGGUAACUUAGGGUCGCAGGGCCUCACCGGGUACCCACUAUUUGGUCCCUAUCAUUCCUUUCCAUCCAUUCAGAGGCCUUAUCAGCAAGGUUUCCUAAGGAGCGAUAACUCCUUUAUCACCGGCAAUAAUCUCAUGUAACUACUACCAAAAGUUCUAUCUAAUCUGAGCAGCAGUAAGUUGUAAAGUAUUAGUAGUAGGAGUGAGUGCUGUUGCUGCCUUUGACUUUCCUGGUGCUUGAGACUGAUAGUUGUGAGGCCAUCUCCACCUCCAAGGUCAGGAGGCAGGCGGCAUGUUCCCUAGAGACAGACGUCCGAGUGGAAGUGAUUGAUCUUUCCUGCAUUGAGGCUUGAGUGUUCUGUGUUGGCACUGACGUGUAGUUGCUGGGCUGAUCGGCUGCCUGUCUAGUUGAGAAACCCAUUAGAUUCCAAAGAGCAGUGACAUGGUUUGAAAUAUAUAAUACCAUUCUGUCUAUGAUAGAAAUAGUUGAAGAACCGAUGUAUUCCAUGCAGCAAUGCAGACGAUGUGUUAGCAGCAGCAGCAUUUAUAUGUUGAUGCUCCUCAUUUGCUUGUAUACGUGUGUGUAGUCCACUGUAAAGUGUUUGUCUGAAUGUUACUUAUGUGUUGAGUGCUUAUCAAAUAUAAGUUUGGUAAUGAAAGCCUUAGUAAACAGGAGGGCUAGUUGUAAAACAACAGAAGUAGAAGAUAAUGACAGGGAAAAAAAGAGAGAGAAUAAUGCACAUGUACACUUAAAAAGUCAAUUAAAAGUAAUUAUUGUGAUGUAUUAGAAUAUUAGAAUACAAAAACAUUCCUUGAA